GCGGAGGUGGAGAUGGUGCUCGUCAAAGAAUACCGCAUUGUUUUGCCAUGCACUGUUGAAGAGUAUCAGGUGGGGCAGCUGUUCUCUGUGGCAGAAGCCAGCAAGAAUGAGACCGGUGGAGGAGAGGGCAUCGAGAUUUUGAAGAAUGAGCCCUGUGAAAAGGAUGGCGAGAGAGGACAAUACACACACAAAAUCUACCAUCUCAAAAGCAAAGUACCAGGCUUUGUGAAGGUUAUUGCACCUGAAGGUUCGCUGGUGUUUCAUGAAAAGGCCUGGAAUGCCUAUCCAUACUGCAGAACAGUUGUAACGAAUGAAUACAUGGAGGAUGAUUUUUUCAUCAAGAUUGAGACAUGGCACAAACCUGACCUGGGAACGCUACAGAAUGUUCACAAUCUGGACAGUUCUACAUGGAAGUCUGUGGAGGUCACACCUAUUGACAUUGCAGCCAAAGAACAAGUAGCUCCUGGUGACUACAAGGCAGAUGAGGAUCCAGCUAUUUUUAAGUCAGUCAAGACCGGCCGAGGACCGCUGGGACCAAACUGGAAGAAAGAGCUGGUUAACAACCCUGACUGCCCACGAAUGUGUGCUUACAAGCUGGUGACGGUUAAGUUUAAGUGGUGGGGUCUGCAGAAUCGGGUAGAAAGCUUCAUUCACAAGCAGGAGAAGAGGAUCUUCACCAACUUCCACCGGCAGCUGUUCUGCUGGAUUGAUCAGUGGGUGGAGCUCAGCAUGGAGGACAUCAGGAGGAUGGAGGAGGAGACGCAGAAGGAGCUGGAGGAGCUUCGCAAACAAGGUCCAGUGCGAGGAACCAGUGCCGCUGAUGAAUGAGGCCAACUGUGAGCACAACAGCUGAGGACGGCAAACCUGUCCACAGCAAGAGACGCCACGCUGACCUGUCCAAAUCGGGGUGAGAAAAUCAAGCAGUUGAACCAGGUUGCAUUAUACUUUACAUUCAGACGUGUUACUGUUACUUUAGAUAUAGACCUCUCUUCCCCGCAGUGCCUGUAUCACAAAUGCACAAAAACAGAGAUUUUGCUGUUGUUGUUCAUUCACUUGCUCAUUUAAAGCAAUUUUCCAGACGUUUGCCUUAGGGCAGGGCCAGGCCUCGUGUUAACUUCCUUCACUCUUGUCUUGUCCUGCCGCCUUGCUCUGAGAGCACAGCAUUUACCAGCACUCCUUACUCCAAAGAACACCGUUCGACAAGCAUAUAUGCGCACAUGCGUACACAAACACUGCCAGGUGUGAAUUCCUUUGUGGUGAUUCCCCAUAAGACCUUUUUGAGUUGCUUUCAUUGCAUUUAAUCACACGCUGCUUCUCAAACGUCUUUUGUAACAAUGGCCUUUUGAAAGACUUCACCAUGUGUUGUAAGAUCGUGCACUAUGUUAAACGAAUAGUUCAACCAAAAAUAAACGUUUUGUUAAUUUACUUCAAAAGGGGUUGGAAUGACAUACAAAUAAAUCAUGACAUUUUUUUCAGGGGCCUGUAUUGCAUGAAAGUCAUUAAAGACCCAGUGUUGCAGUACAUUUAUCAAGACGGCUUUAUACUGCUUUCACAAUAUUAACCUUUUAAUGUGUUCCUUCUUACUUGUACUGUCUUGUCCUGCCUUACUUUUUUCUCUCUCUGCUUUAAGUGUCUAUUCGUACUAUUUACCACACUCAAAACUGUUGCCUUAAACUAGUCAGCUGGUUGUAUGUUAUACAAUAUUUCAAAAUGGGUCUUUUGAGAAAUUUGAAAUAGUAGAAUACUUUUUUCCUUCUUCCUUCCUUUUUUUUUUUUUUUUAGUACAUGGUGGCAUAAAGGACUGUUGAAUCAAAUCAUGGAAUCCUCCACCUAAAAACUGCCUUGUACAGAGUUUCACAUUCUAUAAUAAUGGAGCUCUGUGGUGUUUUGUUUACAAACCACAGUUGAAAUAUAGUUGAAAAUUAUUGUGAAGAUUUAUUUACACAAAAGAAGCUGAGCACUGAAGGGGCACUUUUUACUAUGUUACUGUCUAGGUGAUGAUGGUGAUUACACAAGCACUUGCUGGAAAAUAUACUUGUAUGGAUGAUCAGAGUAGAGUACUGUGACUGAUUGCAGACAGUAUACAAUCAAGUAUUUAAAGAGAAUUUCAGAAAUUUGCCAUUAAAUGUUUGUAGAAAUAAAAGUGUAAUAUUUUGAAUGAAUUUUAUUUUGUCUAAAUGCAUCUGAAAUCCAAAAUAGUGUGAAUGUUGUUUUGUGGGUGU